AUGCCUCACCACAGCCCAUCCUCCAUCACCGUCACCGAUGACGAUCAAGACUACCCAGAAGGCGGCACUCGGGCAUGGCUCGUAGUCGUAGGCGCUUGGUGCGCCAUGAUACCCUCAAUGGGUCUUCUCAACACCCUAGCCGUGCUGCAGGCCUGGGUUUUGGAGAAUGAGCUGUCUCACCUGCCAGAGUCUACCGUCGGAUGGAUCUUUGGAUGUUAUGGCUUCUUUUUGUAUUUCUGCGGUGCUCAAGUCGGUCCAAUUGUUGAUGCUCACGACAUCAAACUUGUCAUCAUCCCUGGCUCCAUCGGCAUGGUAGCUUCGAUGAUUUUCGUCAGUUUAUCAACAGAAUUCUAUCAGUUCCUCCUCUCCUUCGGUGUUCUCGGUGGCAUAUCCGCCUCCCUCCUCUUCAACCCUAGCCUCGCAGCCGUAGGACACUGGUUCUACAAACGCCGCGCCUUUGCCACAGGGUUGGCAUGUACCGCAGGAGGCUUCCCUUGGGCGAUCCGAGUCAUCGCUCUGAUCAACGCCGUUUCAGGGGCUGUGGCAUGCUGUCUUCUCCACAAACGACUACCGCCGAACAAAAAGGCCAGCGCAUCGAUCGACCUGAAAGCACUGUCAGACCUGAAGUACGCGGCAACAACCGCGGCCAUUUUUCUAAUCGAGUUUGCCGUGUUUAUACCCUACUCGUACAUCUCGGCGUACGCCAUUCAUUAUGGGUUCGAUUCACAGAAAGCAUACAUGCUAAACACCCUGCUUAACGUGGGCGCUGUUCCCGGCCGCGCCUUGCCGGGGUACGUGGCAGACCGUUUCGGCACGUUCAACACCAUGUGUAUAACGGCCUUCAUAUGCGCGGCCUUUAUCCUGACACUAUGGCUAACUGCCGACGGCGAAGAAGUCAGAACAACAUCCUUCACCAUCCUCUUCGGCUUCUGGUCCGGAGCAGCCAUCAGCCUCACGCCAGUCUGCGUCAGCCAGGUCUGCAAGAUCGAAGACUACGGGAAAAGGAACGGAACAGCUUUUUUCAUCGCCAGCUUCGGCGCUUUGACGGGGAUACCUAUAGCAGGGGCCAUAUUGGAAGCCAACAAUGGUUCGUAUUGGGGGCUCAUCGUUUUUGCGGGGGUUCUGUACACGGCGGCGUUUGCAGCUUUUGUCUUUGCCAGAGGUGUUGCUGGAGGGUGGAACUUGAGGACUGUAUUCUAG